AUGGCCGGAACAAGCGUGCUCAUAGCUGGACUCGGCAACGCUCCCUAUCCUCUAACGAAACACAGUUUGGGCCAAUACCUUGUCGACGGCCUCGCGCAGCGUCUCGGCGCUGGCAGGCUCAGACCACACCCGACACUCAGGAAGGACGGCGGACACCUGGCUACCGCGAAACAUGAAGGAACCUCGUUGCUGCUGUACAAGACAGGUGCGUCUAAACUUCUAUCAUGUAUCUUACACCCCCUAAGCGCCCACAUGCGCCUCUUCUAUACCCUCAUUCGUCCUUGCACGCCACAAACAUGCAUGCACGCCUUCGCAGAUCGCCUGAUGAACAUCUCCGGCCCGCCAAUCGCCGCUGCUUCCCGCACGCAGAACGCGAAGCAUCUUGUUCUCAUCUACGAUUCGGUCGCCGAUGCACCAUGUACUCUAGCGCUCAAGUAUGGAGGCGGCGCCCGAGGGCAUAACGGUGUGCGGAGCACGCAGGCGCAUUGGCCGCAUGGAUCUUUCUGGCAUCUCCGAGCUGGUAUCGGACGGCCGAGCGAUGGGACCGGACUGGCUGAGUUCGUCCUGAGCAAGCUCGAUGCUGAAGAACGUGCAUUCUGGGGUCAUCAAGGGAAGGGAAUGGAUCUUGUGCUAAAAGCCUUGGAGGCUGCACUAGGGGAUUUAGACGGACAAGGGAAGGAUAUAGGGGUGCAAAGGCUGUUUAGGUAG